UAGGUGGCGGUAGAGAGUCACCUACCGCUGUUCGACAGAGAGGAAGUGAAGAAGCGAACUUGCUGUUAGCUGUGCUAACUGGAAGAUGUUGGCUUGGAAACGACAGCUGUGCUGUCUGGCGGACUGACAGAUGCCUUCACCAUGAUGCUGGGCCACGCCGCGCUGCUCGUCGCCCUCUUCCUGCCGCAGGCCGGAAGCUUCCUGAGCCCCGCCGAGGAUGAUGGCAUCCCCGAGGAGUGGGUUCUGCUCCACGUGGUCCAGGGUCACAUCGGAGCCGGGAACUACAGCUACCUGCGCCUCAACCACGACGGGCGCAUCAUCCUGCACAUGCAGAGCCUCAAAGGCGACGCGGACCUGUACGUGUCUGACAAAACGCUCCACCCGAACUUCGACACCUACAAGCUGCAGUCGGUGACCUGCGGCCACGACGUGGUGGUCGUCCCCGGCGACUUCAAGAGGCCCGUGGGGAUCGGCGUCUACGGCCACCCGUCGUACCUGGAGAGCGAGUUUGAGAUCCGGGUGUUUUACGACCAGGCGGUGCCGCAGGACCCGUUCGAAAAGGGCUCGGACGGACAAAACGAAAAGAAACCCCCCCAGGGAGCGGACAACUUUCAAGAGGAGGAAUCGAUCUUUUGGACUAUACUGAUCGGACUUUUAAAGAUUAUACUUGAAAUUUUGUUUUGAAGUUAGUUGCUGCUACGAUGCUGGGAGACAGAUUGGCAUUUGACUUGGUCAGCGCUGAAAAUAAAUUUUUUAUUUUUCCUUUUGA